AUGUUGACCGGUUCCGAUAGGUCCCACCAGCUAGAACCGGUUACCCCAGUACCACCAGCCAGUGGUGUAGUUUCCUGCAAACUGUACUCGAAAAGUAAUCUGCGCACCAAAUCCGACGGCGUUCAGUUUCUGCGGCUGAAGGAAGACUUCCCCGUCGGCGGUGAGAUCGUUUCACUUUACGCGUAUCCGCGCAACUCGAUCCUGAUCCCGCGCACCGAGAACUCGAGCGAUUACGAGUACUUCAAGCUGAAAGAGAUCAACAGCACGGUCGUGAGCGUCAUUCUCAAUCGCAGCCUGGACGGGCUGGUCGAUUCUGACGAUCCGCAGAGCAUCCUCAAGUUCAGCGUGUUCUGCAGCGGAACAUCAGCCACCAGCGCAAAACAGGACAACUCGUCAUUUUUUACAAUUACUGUUUACAUUGAAGAUAUUAACGAUAAUGAUCCCGAAUUUAUCAAUCUACCGUACGUGGUAACGCUCGACGAAUCAACGCCAAUUGAGACGGUGGUGUUUAAUAGAAUUAAGGCAAUUGAUCGUGAUAAGCCAAACACGCCGAAUUCCGACCUCGAGUAUGCGCUGGCCGCGAAGCACAUGAAGAGCGGCGACUUUCCGUUUCGCCUGGAAGGUUCCCAGCGGCCGUCGCUCGUACUGCAGCGGGCCCUCGACUACGAUGCCGGCUGGCGCUCGAUGAGCGUCCAGAUCGUGGCGAGCGAUCGGGGCAAUCCACCCCGCACCGCCAACGCCACCAUCCGGGUGAACCUGCGAGACGUUGACGACCUGCCGCCAAUCUUCACCCGAGCACAAUACCGGACGCGCAUCAAAGAAUCCUUUCCGCUGACGGGUAAACCGAUUCACAUCCCACUGUAUAUCGAGCCACCGAUCAUGGCGUUCGAUCAGGACUCGCUAAACGAAACGCUCGUCUAUGGGAUAGUUGCGGGCAACGAGCGCCAGCUGUUCUGGAUAUCACCGGAAACGGGUGUACUAUUUCUGCAGAAGGAGAUCGACCUGGAUAGCGAGAGCCUGCCAGACAACACGUUUACGCUGCAAAUCGAGGCACAGCAGAUCAAUGAUCCGACCAAGAGUGCUUUUGCUAGGGUGGACAUAGAAGUAAUCGACCUGAACGACAAUGUUCCUGAGUUCGAGGUAGAUCUGUACAACAUCUCCAUCAUCGAGAACCUUCCGAAAGGGUUUAGCAUUCUGCAGGUGAAUGCUAUUGAUCGGGAUCAGGGAGAGAAUGCGGAGUUUUACUACUACCUCAUGGACGAGGAACCCAAAGGGGCCUUCAUGAUUGAUCACGGUUCUGGCUGGAUAGUGGUUCGUGACGAAACCUUCCUGGACAAGGAGCAGCGCAGUUCGCUCAAGAUGAACGUGCAUGCCGUCGAGCGGGUUGAGCAGUACGAUCGCAGUCGCAACUAUGGUAAGGUGCAGGUGGAGAUCACACUGCUAGACACGAAUGACAAUACACCGGAGUUCGAGCAGGGUACGCUGUAUGAGUUUAAGACGCACUGCAAUGCCUCGAUCGGCUCGAAAGUGGGGCAAAUACGAGCGCUCGAUCCGGACGAUCUCGGCAACGGCAAAAUCCAAUACAGCAUCAAAAAUGUGCGCCCGAACCUUGUAAUUCCAUUCCUGCUCGAUCCGGAUACGGGUGACAUACGCGUGUCGGAAGCACUAACGUACGGCAAGAUAGCUUUCUUCGUCGAGGCUCGCGAUCAACCGCAGAAUCCCUCAGAGUCGCGGUUCAACGUGGCACUCGUUACGAUCGAUAUCGUUUGUCAAUCUAUUGAGGACAUCGAAUUUAUUGGCGCACCGUACGAGUUUUGGGUCGGUGCCGAUGCUGCCAUCGGCUCUUCCGUCGGACAGAUUCGGACCACCUUCGACAUGGUGUCGGACGAGGAGAUAUUCUUCGAUCUGCUCCACUCAUACCCUGAGGGGGUACCGUUCGCGAUCGAAGAGCGGUCCGGCAUAGUGACCGUGAUUGAGUCGAUGGAGAAGUUUGAUCGACGAUGUUAUGAGUUUGAAACCGUAGUAUCGUACUUGCCCGAUUCUGCCGGCAAAAAUGUGGAACAGCUGACGCCCGAAGCCUACAACAGUCUGGAGAAGAUCAUCGUCACGAACGUUACGAUACAUGUGAUAAAACACAAUUUUAUGUUGCUUCGGGGCACCAACGCAACACCGAUCGAGUUCCGCGUGAAGGAAAAUAAACCGAAUACAAUGAUCGGACAGCUCAAAUUCCAGGACUUCCAGGAGCAAUGUGAUGCAGACGAAAAGGGACUGCCACCGCUGAUAUCGGUUCGAGGCGACAAGAACCGUGCCGAUAGGCAAGUGUUUCAGCUGAAUGGAGGAAAGAACCGAACACGCUACGCACGAAGAUUUUCACGCGACGUUUCUAGACAGUCCAACUUCAUCCGACUGUACCCGCUCGUGGCGUUUGAUGCCGUAUUCAGCUCGACUGGGAACGGCACACGAAAGGCGAGAAAUUCUCGCAAUCCAACGAGUGGAGUCCAGUACUCGCUUGUCAAUAGCUAUGAUGUGGCAGAUACAGUACGGCUCACAAACGAUGGCAAGCUUAUGACGAUCAAAGGGUUGGACCGAGAGAAGCAGGAUGUCAUACGAGUGACUAUUAUUGCCGAGUACUUUUACAAACAACGCACGUUUGCCGGUAUCUAUCAGGUGGUGAUCGUGGUAGAAGACGAGAACGACAAUCCGCCCACAUUCAAUCAGCCCUUUUUCUUGGGUGUGAUAGCGGAAAACUCCCCCAUCGGUACUGAGAUCGUGUUGAACAAUCCGAUCAUCAUCUCGGACAUGGAUGCGGCAGGUCCAAACAGUGAAUAUGAGCUGCUGCUGUCCGGAGAGUCAAACUCGUUUGUAGCUCAGUUCUCUAACUCGACGCUUUCAAACUAUAACAAAACGGUGGCACACAUAUUCCGCAAUCUGCAGAUAGCUAAUAUCGAUCCGGGCGAAUCUCGACUGCGCCCAGACUAUCGUCCAAACAAACAGUUGGAGCCCGGGAAUGCCAGUACCCCGCACUAUAACAUAUUGUUCAUGGGCCCGAACAAACUCGAUCGGGAGGAGAUUGAAAGUCUGACACUGAAGAUGAUGGCUACCGAUCGGGAUAACCUGAUGUCAGAGGUUGAGCUCAAAAUACUUAUACUGGACGUGAAUGAUUGUGCACCGGUCUUUGAGCGCAUAGCUAUCUUCCGCAAGAGCCGCUGCGAGAUGAUCGAAAACACAAGCGAUCUGGAGCUUAUGUAUCUGGACGAGAUUGAGACGGAGGUGUUGCCCGAGUUCUUGGACGCGGGGCUCAUGGAGAUGAACAGCCGUGUUUCGUACGGUGUGGAUAGUUUGUUCGAGAUGGUCCAAUCGGCACCUUACGUCGGAAUGCCGCGGCUGUACGAUAGCCAGUCGGUUAUGGUCAAUCGUACUGCCGAUCGCGAACAUCUCACAAUGCGUCGGAAACUCUACAAGCAGAAGGUUCGGCAACGUGGUCGCAAUACGCGUGCCGUUGCCAAGAAAUCGCAGCUUAAGUUUGCUCUGCCCGAAAACGUCGAGGUGGGAAAGGUAAUCUUCAAGCUGACGGCAAACGAUGAUGAUUUUGAGAAGAACUCCAAGGUCUUCUAUGAGGUCGUUGGCCAGACUGAGCUUAACAGUGGUGAGCGAGUUAGCUACUUUAGGAUCGAUCGGAACAAUGGAGAGUUACGCGUGGCGAACCGUUUGCCCCCGGAAACUGAUGUUAAGCUAAACAUCACAGCCAAGGACGUUGGUGGCCUAUCGGACAUGCUUCAGGUACAGUUCCGGGUGUAUGACGUGAACGAUAAUGCACCCGCGUUCGAGAAACAGUGGUACACGUUUAACGUCGACGAAGGAUCGUACCCAAUUACGGGCAAAAAGAUCGGCCAGGUACGGGCCAACGAUGAGGAUACCGGAAUGAACGGUAAUGUGACGUACAUGCUGAUAACCGAUGGUGACCAGAAGAUACCAUUCUCGAUCUCUCCACUGGACGGUACGAUUCGAGUUAGCGGAGAGAUCGAUCGCGAAAUGAUCGCAUCGUAUCGGUUUCGAGUACUCGCAACCGAUAACAAUUUCGAUCUCAAGCUUUCGGCCAUGGUAGACGUAGAGGUGAUCGUGAUGGAUCGCAAUGAUAAUAACCCGGAGUUCACCGCCUACGAUGAUCUGAGAAGCGAUCGUAACAACAUCAAACGACUGCCCGUCUAUGUGGCGUAUCUGGAUGUAAAUGCUAAGGUGGGAACGUUCGUCAAACAGGUCAUGGCAAGGGACAGCGACUUCCGAGAGAAUGGAAAUGGACUGGUGAUCUACUCGCUUACCGGCCAGAGCGAUGUUCUGCAGUUCAGUAUCGACCCAAAGGAUGGUGUCGUUACGACAGCUUCCAAAUUUACACCGAGCGAGGCUGGAACGAGAAAAACCUACGAACAUUUGAACGUUACCGUCGUGGCAUCGGAUUUUGGAACUCCACCGCGCUCAAGCAUGGCGUUGCUCAUUGUGAAUCUACAGGGCGACACACUUCAACAGCAUCCGGUGGAAGAAAGGCCACCCCUAUUUCCGUACAAGUACUACGAGAUCGAGCUGCGUGAAAACGACCCCGCCCCGCGGAUCGUGCUCAACGUCACGCUCUCCAAGCGUUACGCCAACGAUCCAUUCCGGUGGGAAAUUGUGGGCGACACGUUCGACGAUCAGUUUCGGAUUGAUGAACGAAAUGGUUCCCUUUGGCUGCUACGACCACUGGAUCGGGAGGAGCGUGACUCGUACGACGUUCGAAUUCGGGUGCAGAAGAUCAAGCGAGAAACACGCAAUAUUCCCAGCGUCCUCUACGCGUUGGAGAAUCCUGUUAAGCGGAAAAGCCACCGGUUGUUUGACAACGAAGUGGAGAUAAUGAUCAAGGUGGUGGAUGUGAAUGACAAUGCCCCCGUGUUUCGCGAUAAUUAUGGACCAAUCAUCUCUGUUGUGCCAGAUACAGCUAAUUACGGUUACGCGGUCAUGAAGGUGGAGGCUACGGAUGACGAUGCCGGCAGCAACGGUGAGGUGCGUUACUCACUCCUCAACGAACCAGCGCGUCUAUUUGCGAUAGACUCGCUCACAGGACAGAUACGGCUGCUUAACUCGCUGGCAUCGUUCAAGGAGAAGGUGUUUGGAUUCGAUGUGAAGGCAACGGACCGAGAAGGCGCGGACGAUGGCAAGUCCACCAUAGCCAACGUGUUCGUUUACGUGCUGCAUGCACACCAGGAAGUAUGCCUGAUCCUAGCCGGGCUCCCGGUAGACAUUGAGAAGCAGCUGGGCAUGAUUUCGUCCAGCUUGAGCACCGCCACCGGUUACGAUAUUCGAAUACGAGCACUUGAAACAAACACAAAAGUGGAUGAUGCUACAAACCUAUACUUAUACGCGAUCGAUCGGAAAACGAACGGGCUAGUAGAGAUGACCGAACUGCAAAGGUCACUUUCGCGGCUAGACAUGUCAAACCUGAAACCGAACCUGCCCAUCAUCGAGCUCACCGAGCUGGCGGUAAAUUCGAUCGAACCGCACUCCUUCGAUGCAGGCGGCAUGAAAGGCAUCGAGCUGGCCACAGUGGUUAUUGGAGGGCUGAUUUUUGCCGGAGGAACUGCCACGGCUCUCUGUAUUGCGUGCGCCCGUUAUAGGCGCCUAAUACCGCUGCCGAAUGGUGUUGGAUCUGGUGGUGGAGCUGGCGGAGCAGGAGUAGGAGGAGGUAGCAGCAAUACGUCCGCCGAGGACGUCCGUGUGCGCGGCACAGUGUCACGGCUCGGGCUCGGCAGCAAUAACAACACCACGGGCAGUACACGACCCAUCACCGGUGCCGACAUACAGCCUGUAAUCAAUCGGUCCGACCUGAAGAGUUCGAUCUUCCAUCCCAACUUCCACCGACAGUUUGUCACCAACAUCAGUACAGAAGCGGUCCCAGAGCACAGUAACGAAGGAAAUAAUAGUGAUAGCUACGAGGACUCACUGAAGGACUCACUGACGUCAAACACGAGCCUAUGACAAUCGGGGAACCCUCCAGGGAGGACCUACUACACUGUACAGUUUAGACAUAAGGGAGAUCCAGAGGAGUAUAGCGGUGCAGACUGAAGUCGAUAGGCAAAUUGUAUGAUUGUUGAUUCGUUUUUAAGUUAGGCUCUAGUGAACUGUGUACCACAACCGCAACAUCGCAAUUGAUGAGUCAUUGAACCGGCUCCCAUUACAGGGGAUGCGACCGACUGUGUAAAUAAAUCUGUAGGCGUACGCUUCAUCGGCUACAUUUUAAAA